AGCAGCGCUAGGACCGGCAGGCCCCGGCCGGGGAGCGGACCGGGUGUGCAGAAGCACUUUCCUGCCCGGCCCCAGCCCUCGCCCCCGAGGUCUCCCCCUGCCGCGCCCGGCUCGGGAGCUGAUGCGGGUGGAGCCCAAGCUGCGCUGGUCCCGGGCAGAGAGAGCCCCGGUGCGGGGAGCGCUGCAGGCAACCGGGGGGUGGGGGCUGGUGCUGCGGGACACAGGAAGGGGCUGGAGCAGCGGAGCGGGCGGUGCUGGGAGGAGGGAGCGGGCGGGCGGGCAGCGCUGGGGAGAACAAAGGGCCGAGCAGGUCCCAGGCAGCCCCGGGCCGGGGGCUGGGACAUUGCAGGGCGCUGCUGCCUCCCUCCGCUGGGAGCCAGGGCUGAGCAGCGGCUGCUCCCACGGGGCUGUGCCCCCGGGAGACCUUCGGUGCAGCCGCUUCUGCGCCCGGUCAGAGGGGGCUUCCUCUGCGGGGCUGGGACUAGCCCCCGGGCCCAGCUCUGCCGGCAUCAACUCCGGGCCGGAGACCCAGGGUUUCCAGUUUCCAAACCUGAUGUGAUCUCCCGGCUGGAAUGAGGGGAAGAGCUGUGGGUCCCAGAUCUCCAGGGCUCUGAGGAAAGAGAGCUCCAGAAAGGUUCCCAGACAGGUGAUCAGAUGGUGAGUGAGAACGAGGAGUAGAAUCAACAGCACAAAUAUGCUAAGCAAGUUGUACCACAUGUGACAUUAGCGGGAAGGUCCAAAGGGCAAGUUUCUUGGAUUUGUGCAGAGGCAAAAGCCUGUGAGAGUCAGCAUAGGUCAGAGAAAAGCUUCAGUAUAUUAUCAGACAUUUGACAUUAUUAGACAUGAAAGAAUGAACAUGGGAGAGAGACCCUAUACGUGCCUUGAGUGUGGAAAAAGUUUUAGUCAGAGCUCAACCCUCAUCACACAUCAGAGAAUCCACACUGGAGAGAGGCCGUACACAUGCCCCGAGUGUGGGAAAAGCUUCAAUCGGAACUCACACCUCAUCACACAUCGGAGAAUCCACACAGGAGAGCGACCCUACACAUGCUCUGAAUGUGGGAAAAGCUUCAAUCGGAACUCAAACCUUAUCACACAUCAGAGAGUCCACACAGGAGAGACACCCUACACAUGCUCUGAGUGUGGGAAAAGCUUCAGUCAUGGCUCAGCCCUGAUCACCCAUCGGAGAAUCCACACUGGAGAGAUGCCCUACACAUGCCCUGAGUGUGGGAAACGCUUCAAUCACAGCUCACACCUCAUCACACAUCAGAGAAUCCACACAGGAGAGACACCCUACAUGUGCUCUGAGUGUGGGAAAAGCUUCUGUCGGAGAUCUGCUCUUAUCACACAUGAGAGAAUCCACACGGGUGAGACACCCUACUCAUGCUCUGAGUGCAGGAAAAGCUUCAGUGAGAGUUCAGACCUUAUUAGGCAUUGGAUAAUCCACACAGGAGAGAAACCCUACACAUGCCCUGAGUGUGGGAAAAGCUUCAACCACAGCUCAAACCUGAUCACACAUCGGAGAAUCCACACUAGAGAGACACCCUACACCUGCCAUGAGUGUGGGAAAAGCUUCACCCAGAGCUCACACCUCAUCACACAUCGGAGAAUCCACACAGGAGAGCGACCCUACACAUGCUCUGAGUGUGGGAAAAGCUUCAAUCACUGCUCAAACCUUAUCACACAUAAGAGAAUCCACACAGGAGAAACGCCCUAUAUAUGCUCCGAGUGCAGGAAAAGCUUCAAUGAGAGUUCAGACCUUAUUAGGCACUGGAGAAUCCACACAGGAGAGAAACCCUACACAUGCCCUGAUUGUGGGAAAACCUUCAACCACAGCUCAAACCUGAACAAACAUCGGCGAAUUCACACUGGGGAGACACCCUACACCUGUCUUGAGUGUGGGAAAAGCUUCAGCCAGAGCUCACACCUUAUCACACAUCGGAGAAUCCACACGGGAGAGCGACCCUACAAGUGCUCUGAGUGUGGGAAAAGCUUCAGUCGGAGCUCAAACCUUAUCACACAUCAGAGAAUCCAUGUAGGGAAGACACUCUGCUCAUGCUCUGAGUGUGGGAAAAGCUUCAAUCGGAGCUCAGCCCUUAUUAGUCAUCGGCGAAUCCAUAGAGGAGUGACAAACUACACAUGCCCUGAGUGCGGGAAGAGUUUUAAUAAGAGCUCAAUUUUCAUCAAACAUAAGAGAAUCCACUCAGGCGAGUAAUGCCUUAAAUCAGGAGUUCUCAACCUUUUAUUUCUGAGGCCCUCAUAACAUGCUAUAAAAACUCCAGGGCCCAGCGGGAGUGGGUAGCAACUUGGGGCUCUGGGCCCGGGGGUUGCAUCCUUGGGCAUAGGGGGAGUUUGACUUCUAUUUUGGGGGGGCAAGGGCCAGCAGGGCUCGGGCCAGUUCCGCACAGCAGGGUCCGGGGAGGGAGCGCCACCCUACACAUGACUCACUUCAGCAGACCACUCACCUGUCUAGGGCUGUGUUCUGGUCGCUGCUCCCUGAGGGCUCUGCUAGCCCCGGAGCCAGGUCCCUACCUGGGCAGCUGUAACUGGCUGUGUGAGCAAUCAAAGGGGGCUGGGAGCUGAGGAGCAGCCGCAACCCCGGGCACCAGCAGCAGAUGGGGGAAUGCCAGGGCUACCCACUCCAUGACACCAGCAGCCAGAAGAGUGGCUGUCCCGCAUUGCCUGGCUCUGGCUUCCCAUCUCUGACCUGGUCAGUGGGUGGAGCCUGAGGGAGUGGAGGAGGUGGGGGGUGGAGCUGCCCCCAGGACUGCCCCAUUCUUCAUAAGGCACUGCAGUUUGGGGAGGCAACACCCUCGUGCCCCCUCAACUCUGCUCUUGGGCUCAGGGCUUCAGCCCUGUGCCGCUCCUGGAUUUAGCGGGGAGAACUCAGUGUUUCAGCUCCCUGCCGCUCUGACUUCAGGGGAGGGAGGGGAGCUCAGGGGUUCAGCUCCGCACUGUUCCCAGAUUUGGGGGGGCGGGGGAAGAGGGGAGCUCAGGGUUUCAGCCCCGUGCUGCUCCUGGCUUCAGUGGUUGGGAGGGGGGGAGUUUGGGGUCAUAGGCGUCAACUUUCUCCGGCGCCAGUGGGUGCCCGCACCCCUCGCCCCUUUCCCCACCUCUGGCCCUGCCCUGACUCCACCCUUUCCCCGCUCCUGGCCCCGCCCCCAUUCCAACCCCAUCCCAAAGUCCCCACCCUGACUCCACCCCCUCCC